AUGACAAAUCGAUUUACGGAAUUCCAUGAAGAGAAAAAGAAUCUGUCACCAAUAGCUGGUUAUUGGGCCUACCCAUUGGUUCCUCUUUCACAAUCACUAUCGAAGGUCGCCGAUCAAAUCAAUGAACUAAAUCGUUCGAUUGACGAAGCAAUGAAACAUUGUCAUUAUCCAUCGGAACAUGGUCUUAGUCGUGAUGAAUCAGCGGCAAUUUUAUUAUAUACGAUGGAAGCUGACGAAUACAGCUUCUAUAUUGCAUUGAAUAGAAUAUUGCGCGAUGAAAAUCGAAGAAAAGCAGUACCAUGGUUCUCGUACUUGAGAUUAUUCGAUAGUGGCCUAAGAAAAUUACCCACAGUGAAAGGAUGUAUUUGGCGUGGAGUGUCGCAUGACAUAAGUCAUGAUUAUAAAAAAAAUGAUGAAUUAACUUGGUGGAGUAUUACUUCUUGCUCAUUGGCGGUCGAAGUCGUGGAAGAUUUUCUAAAUUCCAAGAAAAAUGCCACCUUAUUUAUGAUCGAAGCCGUCAAUGCAAAGAACAUCGCUGGUUACACUUUAUUUCCCACUGAAGAAGAGGCCAUAUUACCCAUGGGGACCAAAUUACGCGUGCGCAGUAAUGCAAUGAAGCAUGGCAAUUUACGUGUCAUUCAUUUGGUGGAAAUAACCGAUGGCGUUGAAGAAAUAUCAACAGCGAUGGAUGCCACUUGUAUUACACCUAAACCAUCCACCCCAACGAAACAAUCCAGUAAGUUCUUGGCUCUAUAUUUUCCUAUAUAG